AUGGCUAUUGUUGAUGCAGCAGUUGGUGCUUAUAACCUUUUUAUGUCACUUUCAAUUACUCAACAAAUUUCCUUGUUGAUUAUUGUUCCAUUCGUUUAUAAUAUAGUAUAUCAAUUAUUAUAUUCAUUAAGAAAAGAUCGAGUUCCAUUAGUAUUUUAUUGGAUUCCAUGGGUUGGUUCAGCUGUACAAUUUGGUAUGGCACCAUAUGCCUUCUUUGAAACAUGUCGUCAAAAACAUGGUGAUGUAUUUGCUUUUAUGUUAUUAGGUAAAGUUAUGACUGUUUAUCUUGGACCAAAAGGUCAUGAAUUUACUUUUAAUGCAAAAGUUUCUGAAGUAUCUGCUGAAGAAGCUUAUAAACAUUUAACUACUCCUGUUUUUGGUAAAGGGGUUAUUUAUGAUUGUCCAAAUUCAAGAUUAAUGGAACAAAAGAAAUUUGCUAAAUUUGCUUUAACUACUGAUUCAUUUAAACGUUAUGUCCCCAAGAUUAGAGAAGAAAUUUUAAGUUAUUUUAAAGAUUCUGAAAAUUUCCAAAUGUCCAAAAAGAAAUCUGGUGUUGCUAAUGUUAUGAAAACUCAACCUGAAGUUACAAUUUUCACUGCUUCAAGAUCUUUAAUGGGUGAAGAAAUGAGAAAAAGAUUUGAUGCAUCAUUUGCUCAAUUAUAUUCUGAUUUAGAUAAAGGUUUUACUCCAAUUAAUUUUGUAUUUCCAAAUUUACCAUUACCUCAUUAUUGGAAACGUGAUCAAGCUCAACAAAAGAUUUCUGCUACUUAUAUGAAAGAAAUUACCAAAAGAAGAAAAACUGGUGAUAUUGUUCCUGAUCGUGAUUUAAUUGAUAGUUUAUUACUUAAUUCUACUUAUAAAGAUGGUGUUAAAAUGACUGAUCAAGAAAUUGCUAAUCUUUUAAUUGGUAUCUUGAUGGGUGGUCAACAUACUUCUGCUUCUACUUCUGCUUGGUUCUUAUUACAUUUAGGUGCAAAACCAGAAUUACAAGAUGAAAUUUAUGCUGAAAUUUGUGGUUUAUUGAAAGAAAAAGGUGGAGACUUAAAUGAUUUAACUUAUGAAGAUUUACAAUCAUUACCAUUGAUUAAUAAUACCAUUAAAGAAACUUUAAGAAUGCAUAUGCCAUUACAUUCUAUUUUUAGAAAAGUUAUGAAACCAUUGUUAGUUCCAGGUACUAGUUAUGUUGUCCCCAAGGGUCAUUAUGUCUUAGUGAGUCCAGGUUAUGUCCAUACCAGUGAAAGAUUCUUUGAAAAUGCUAGUGAAUACAAUCCUCACAGAUGGGAUGAUCAACCAAAGACUACUGGUGAUGCCAAUAAUUCUGAUGAAGUUGAUUAUGGUUUCGGAAAAGUUUCAAAGGGUGUUAGUUCACCAUAUUUACCAUUUGGUGGUGGUAGACAUAGAUGUAUUGGAGAACAAUUUGCUUAUGUUCAAUUAGGUACGAUUUUAUCUACAUAUGUUUAUAAUAUUAGAUGGAGUUUAAAUACUGAAAAAGUCCCAGAAAUUGAUUUUACUUCAAUGGUUACAUUACCUCAAGAACCAGCUGAAAUUGUUUGGGAAAAGAGGCCAACUUGUGUUUUAUAA